UGCGCUGCACCGUUGUGAUUUCUGCUCAUUCACCUCUUUCAGUGUGUCGAGUCUGAACAGUCACGUGAAAAAACACUUGGAUGGCAAACCCCACAUCUGCCACAUCUGCCUCAAGGGCUUCCGUACCAUUUCCUUGUUGCGUAACCAUGUGAACACACACACAGGGACCAAACCGUACAAGUGCAAUGAAUGCGAAAUGGCCUUUGUCACCAGUGGGGAGCUUUCACGCCACAGGCGUUACAAGCAUACUCUCGAGAAGCCCUUUAAAUGUUCAUACUGUGAUUACUGUAGCGUAGAGGCAAGCAAGUUGAAGCGUCACAUCCGUUCACACACUGGAGAGCGCCCUUUCACCUGCUCUCUAUGUGCCUACGCCAGCAGAGACACUUACAAACUGAAAAGGCAUAUGGUGACACACUCAGGUGAAAAGCCCUUUGAGUGCAGGAUUUGUAAGGCCAGGUUCACACAGGCUGGAACUCUGAAGUUCCAUGUAUUACACAAACACGGGGAAAAUGUGCCCAAGUACCAGUGUCCACACUGCAGUACUUGUGUCGCCAGGAAGGGUGAUUUAGGGAUCCACCUACGAAAUCUCCACUCCUACGUUGAAGUCCCACUGAAGUGUGGUUACUGCAACAGUGCCUUCCACGAGCGCUAUGCCUUCAGACAGCACAGGAAGAUACACAGAGAUGAGAAGAGAUUCAAAUGCGAUCAGUGUAAUUACGCAUGCAAACAGGAGCGCCACCUGGUUAUGCACAAGCGGACGCACACCGGGGAGAAACCCUUCGUUUGCCCGGCUUGCAGCAAAUGCUUUCGGCAGAAGCAACUGCUCACCGUUCACUUCAAGAAACACCACGACUCUACUUUUCAGCCAAAAGUCUACAACUGCCCCAAAUGCGGCAAGGGCUAUUCACGCUGGAAUAACAUGCGUAAGCACACUGAAAACUGUGGGGAAGCAAGAGCAGUUGGACCCAGCAAAAGAAGCAAGUGUCCAAGGAAAGACAGCAAGAGAUCUGCCCAUGAUGCUGAACAACAAGCGGCUACUUGUGUGAACUCUCAACACUACACCAUGUAUAGCAUUCCUGUUGCAACCUGUGAGAAAGAAGAGGUUCUGCUGGAGGAUGAGAAAGCAGGGCUUACUUGUGAGAUGAUCUUCAAUGUGAUGGAUAAGUAAUGCAGAAGGCAGUUCUUUCUUUUGCUUGCUGGGGCUUAGAUCCAGGAAGCUGUUCAACCUGGUUUGUGUU